AUUUGUGUGAAUGAGUUUGGUUUGACCGUUUUGACUUCACGCUUUAACGGUUUUACAAGUGACCGGUUUGACCUGUUGCCAUUAAUAUGUAUUGUAAUUUUAUGUUACUCAACAAAUUUUAUUUUUCAAAAGACACAGUUUCGUUCAUAGAUCAUACUUUCAUCUAGUGUCUCACAACAAAAAUAUUUUCCGUAACAUAAAUUUAACCCUUGUUUUUUUCAAGACUGUUUGAUAUUUCAUUUCUAUUUUUAACACCCAUCCAAACGUACUUUAUUUAUAGCGCACGAGAUUUGUCGGCUAUAAAUAGAUUGUACUAUCAUUUAAAGCGCACCUUUUCGCUGUUUCACAAACACUUUUUUCACAGAACGGACUAGAUCUACACCAUUAUAAUUUAUUUAGAAAAAUACUAUGGCGUCCUCAUGUGUAGAUGUAUACGUUAAACUUCCAAACGGCAAGGCGAUUGAGUCACAGCUUUUGCCGUCUGAUACGGUUCGCCUUAUCGCAGAGAAAGUUGCCAUCUCUGAGCACGUGCCAGUAAGUAGGGUUCGAUUGAAAUACCAAGGAAAAGUCGUCAACAAAUUAAAAACCAUUGGUUUUCUUGGGAUUUGCGCUGAAACAAUCUUGAAGGCUGAGAUUCUAUGUCCGAAAGACAUUUCUCUGGAAAUUCGCACGCAAGACGGCGGCUCUACCACGAUCGUUGCGCGGACGACGGACACCGUGGGGGAUCUCGGGCGCGUGAUCGAGGACCUCACAGGCAUAGGGCUGGACAAACAGGCACUUAAGUUCAGUGGAACGCAACUGAAAGAACAUGGAUCCCUGUUGUGUGACGAAGGAUUGACCGAUGGAUCUGUCGUGACGGUCGUCGUUGCGACAAACGACGCACCUGCGGACAAAGAUGGAACAGGAACCCAAGAAGAUAACGAACACAUUAAACAGAGUCUGUGCAGCAGCUUCAAUGUGUCUGGACGCCACGUGGAUGUCGUGUUUUGCUUUGACACAACCGGAAGUAUGGCGAGCUGCCUGGCCGCAGUGCGUGCAAAACUUCGAGAGUCUUGUCAACGGUUGCUUAGAGAUAUACCGAACAUGCGCAUUGGCAUCAUUGCUCACGGGGACUACUGCGACCAACACACGUACGUGGUACGUCACGUGGACCUCACUAAUGACGUCGACGUUCUUGUAGACUUCGCCAAUAACGUUCCGAGUACUGGUGGCGGGGAUUCACCAGAGGCAUACGAAUGGGCCCUCCGCCGCGCACACACACUUGACUGGUCGGAGAGCAGCGCAAAGGCAUUGGUCAUGAUCGGGGACGAAGUUCCCCAUCCGCCAUCCUACACGGACCAGGGGGUCUUCUGGAUGGACGAGCUGGACGUGCUCAUUGGCAUGGGGAUCAAGGUGUACGGCGUGAGAGCGCUCGAGUCUACAUCCUCAGAGCCCUUCUAUUUGGAGAUGGCCGAGAGGUCAGGCGGUUACUACCUAAGACUACAGAAUCUCAGCCUUAUAACCGACAUGUUUCUUGCUGUCUGCUACCGUGAGUCGGACAGCAACCAGUUGGAAGCGUUUGUAGCGGAAGUGGAACAGGAGGGCCGGAUGACAGAAAACACAAAACACUUCCUGGACGCGCUCGAAAAAACGAGUGACAAAACAGGACCAAAAGAUCGGCCAUCGACAGACACAACACGGGUAAAAUUAUUAACGCGCUACGUAAAGCAGCCAUGGUGGGACCCAACGUUGGACCAGCCUUCGGACAAUCACCAGUACGUCUAUGAUGUCACCUCUGACAAGUGGUCGGAAAGGAGAAGACAGUACCAAACUGCUGCCAGUUCUGCAACGCCUGUCACUCAUUCCAUGACCUUGAGAAGGGAACCUGUGAACAAGUCCUUGUUGAGAAGGGUACUGAGCGUCUUACGCAUCCGCAGGUCACGAUGAAUCGAAAGAAUCCACACACUGUUUGAUUCAAAUACUUAGAAGACAUUUGUGCGUGAUAAAAUGCACGUGGGCCGUGCUCUGUGAAAAAGGGGUUUAAUGGAACGACACUUUCUGCCUAAACUAGAAUUUUUCUAGGAAGUGUCUUUCAUGAAACGAAAAAUAUCAUAAAAACGGAAAGUGUCGUCUCUGAUAAGCCUGUGCAGUUCGCACAGGCUAAUCUGGGACGGCACUUUACGCACAUGCAUUAAACCCCUUUUACACAGAGAACGGCCCAUAUACAUGUAUAUAUUUAUGGAUUUGUAUUUUCCUAAAAAGAUUGUAAAACCUUAGGCCACUGUAUAUUGUACAACCAAAUGCUAAGGUUUACUACUGUACAACCAUGUGAUAGAUUUGCCGUUGAAACAUAGAGCCAAACUUGAAAACUGAACUUUAUCCGAGUAUCCUCAAUUAUUUGUCAGAAAUAGGAUCAAGUUUUGCGGACCGGCAGACAGACGGUCGUAGGGAAAACAUAUACUCACCUGUCAUUAGUUCAAAAAUAUGUAAAUGAAAAUAAAAGACUUUAUAUUAUAUACGUUAACAAGAUGAAAUGCUUUGAUACUGUUUAUCGAAAUGCAUUAUGGGUUAAAAUGUACAAAGCCAGCAAAGAAGGUAAAUUACAUAGAAUAAUAAAAAAUAUGUAUGAAAAUGUUAA